UCAAACACUGUCUAAUCUAGUUCUGGGUAAAGACAAUUGCUCCAGGAUAAAGGAGCUUGGACCUUUGAAACAUCUUCAAGGGACACUCUGUAUUUCAAGAUUAGAAAACAUAAUAGAAGCCAAAGAUGCAAAGGAUGCUGAACUAAUUAGAAAACCCAAAGUUAGUGUCCUAUGGUUGGAAUGGAGUACAGGCAUUGACGAGUCAAAAGACAAUACAAGUGAACUAGAGGUACUAAACGGGCUAUGGCCUCACAAUGCUUUGGUGGAGCUUGUCAUAAGGUACUAUGGUGGUACAAAAUUUCCUCAAUGGUUAACACCUCCUUCAUUUCCUCAUAUGGUGUCCUUGACAGUAGAGAACUGUUACAAGUGUACAUUAUUACCUCUAUUUGGGCAAUUGCUAGCACUCAAGACUCUUUUGAUCAUGGGCAUGGAUAGCUUGAAGAAUGUUUGUUCUGAAUUUUGUGGCAAUGGUUUCACACAAUGUUUUAGAUCCUUAGAGACCUUGCGUUUCAUUGACAUGAAGGAGUGGGAGAAUUGGAGUCCUUGAGAAGAAUUCCCAAAUCUGCGUGAGCUUUCCCUUAUUAGAUGUCCAAAGCUAUUAGGGAACUUACCAAACAACCUUCCUUUACUAAAUGAAGCUAAGAUAUAUAAUUGUGAGUUGUUGGUUGUCUCAAUUUCAUGCUUUCCAGAUCUAUGCAAACUUAAAAUUGAGAGAUCCAAAGGAGUGGUGUGUGGAAGCAAGCUUACAUUCAAAUCAAUAAAUCAAGGGCUUGAUAUGGAAGGGCUGGCAGAGUUGGAGAAGUUAACCAUUAAUAGUUGUGAGGAGCUCAUGAAUUUGUGGUCAGACAACAUGGGAUCAUUGCCACAGCUCCCAUUUCUGUAUGAUCUCUGCAUUUAUAAUUGUUCAAAACUAGUCUCUUUGGUGGCAGAAGAAGUUGAUCAAGAGCAUCACCAACUCGGUAUGCCAUCCACAAUCACAUCUAUUUGCAUCGGCAAUUGCAUAGCCUUGGAAUCAUUACCCAAGGCAAUGAUGUACAACAACACAUGUCUUGAGCUUAUUGAAAUCACAAAAUGUGAUUUGUUAACACAUUUUGCAAGAAGUCAGCUGCCUCGAACUCUAAAGCGGCUAGAUAUAAGUGACUGCAAGAGUAUGCAGAAUUUGGUGAAGGAUGAUGAUGAUGACACAAACAAUAGUACUACUUGCUGCAAUGGCAUGAUCACAUCUCUUCUUGAGGUCUUGAACAUUUACAAUUGUCCAUCCCUUGAAUCCUUAACAUCAAGCGGGGAAUUACCUACCACACUUCAGCGCAUCAAUAUUAACAAUUGUCCGAAGCUGAAGUCAGUAGCCAAGAGUUUUGAUCAUAACUUGUUUCUUACAAGGAUCAUCAUCUUCAAUUGUGAAAAUCUUCAGUUAUUGAAUGGUGGAGGGUUACUCCUGCCUUCCAACCUGAGAGAGCUUUAUAUAUCUGACUGUGAGAAAAUGCAGGCACUGCUAAACGGCAUAUACAACCUCACCUCUCUUCAAGAUAUGAAAAUACAGAAUUGUCUAAGCAUUUUAUCAUUUCCCAAAGAAGGUUUUCCCACAAAUCUAACAACACUUGGGAUCUCUCAUCUUAAAAUCACUGAAGCCUUGUUCGAUUGGGGGCAGGACAACCUCACUUUUCUUAAUCAACUUGAGAUUGGCAGAUGUCAGCAUUUGGCAUCCUUUCCAGACAUGGCAUUGCCUGCCUCUCUAACAAGCCUCCACAUCUCAGACCUCUCGAAUUUGGAAUUCCUGUCUUACGAGGGCUAAAGAAAACUCACAUGUCUCAAAACACUGCGGAUCAAUGACUACGAAAAGCUCACGUGUUUUCCAGAAGAUGGCUUGCCCCCUUCGUUCCUGAAACUAUCUAUCUCUAGGUGCCAAAAGCUCAUGUAUUUUCCAAAGAACGGCCUGCCUCCGUUACUUGGAGAACUUAAUAUCUAUCAAUGUCCUUUGCUGAAAAAAUGUUGCAAGAAAGAUCGAGGACAAGAGUGGUUGAAGAUAGUUGAAAUCCCUUGUGUCAAAAUUGAUCAAAAAUUCAUUCAUGACUCAGAAGCAGAGGAAUUUGGGUUCUUUUGGUCCUGAUCCAAAGGUCCAUUGAGUGAUGGCAUUGGAGAUCAAACCCUAUCACACUUAUCUCUUGUUGGUGCUCUGGCUGGUAUGCUAAGUGUCUACCUUAUAUUUAUCUUGUGCAUGCAUGUGUGCAUGUGUGUUUCUUUUCACUCAUUAUAAUUUUGUAUUGGCAAGCAGACUUGUAGAAACACAAACCAUGGAGUGAAAUGAAGUAGAUUCCCAACCU